ACGAUGCUAAUAUACGUACACUUCCAAACUGAGUUAAGAGCACAUACGUACACAGCAGGGCAAACAGUUUACGAGCACCAAAUAGCAAGGAAGAGAUCGAUCCAAGACGAUGGCCGGCCAAGGAGACGUGAAGCUGCUGGGCACGGGGGUGAGCUCCUUCGCGGUCCGCGUGCGCAUGGCCCUGCAUCUCAAGGGCGUGAGCUACGAGUACCUGGAGCAGGACCUGUUCGACAAGGGCGAGCUCCUCCUCGCCUCCAACCCGGUGCGCAAGAAGGUCCCCGUGCUCAUCCACGCCGGCAGGCCCGUCUGCGAGUCGCUCGCCAUCGUUGAGUACGUCGACGAGGUCUGGGCCAACGGCGUCUCGCUCCUCCCCGCAGACCCCUACGCCCGCGCCGUCGCCCGCUUCUGGGCCGCCUACGUCGACGACAAGCUGUCCCCCGCGUGGAUAGGCAUCCUGCGCGCCGCCUCGGAGGAGGACAGAGCCGAGAAGCUUGACACGGCGCUCGCGGUGGUCGGGCCCAUGGAGGACGCCCUCGCCCACUGCUCUGGUGGGAAAGACUACUUCGCCGGCGACUCCGUCGGGUACCUUGACAUCGCGCUCGGGUGCAACCUCUUCUGGUUUGAGGCGCUCCGCGAGAUGUUCGGCGUGACGGUCAUCGACGCAGGCAGAACUCCGCGCUUGGCAGCCUGGGCUGAGAGGUUCGUGCAGACGGAGGCGGCCAAGAAGGCGGCCCCGUCCAUGACGAGCAUGGUGGACUGCGCCGGGAAGCUGCAGAGCAUGUGGGCCGCCGCCAAGUAAUUAUGGGUUCUGCAAUCGUCAGUCGUCGCUUUUCCCCCUUCUGUUUGCGAAGUUAGUUUACCUAAAGAUUUGUGAAUUUCAUUUUCUGCAUUGUGUGACGGAUAUGUCGAGUAGUACGCAAUAAAAUAGUCAUUUAUUUGGAUAAAGUUGUGGCUGAGCAAUCCAGUUCCUUGUUCAGGAGCGAGUACGGUAGGAGAAAAAUCAUGGUGUUUAAGACCCUAUUCAGAGACCCAUCACUCCACCACUCCGCUCUCGGAGCUGGAGUUAAAAAGUACGGAGCUGGGAACAGAUGCUCCGCAGCUCCUCGUAUUAUUAGGAGCUGGAGUGACUCCGAACAUAGCCUAAAUCUUGAUAUUUUUGUAU